CACCUUCACUCUUACCGACUACAGUGCAACUCCUCCCCCAACUUCUGACAAGCUGUUUCCUGAACACACCCUGGUGCUGCGUUAACACUGCUCGGCUCACGGAAUCGAACCUGUCCAUCAUCACUGAGUGACAGAGCAGCACACAUUACUCAUUACAUUACUUAAGAUGUCAUACGGAGGAGGGGACAAGUGCGACCGCUGUAAAAGGACGGUUUACUUCGCAGAGGAGGUGCGCAGUGAAGGGGGGAGAUUCCACAAGUCCUGCUUCGUAUGCUGCAGUUGUCGUAAAUGCUUGGACAGCACAACUGUUGCUUCUCAUGAUGAUGAAAUCUACUGCAAGUCGUGCCAUGGCAGGAAGUUUGGGCCAAAAGGCUACGGUUAUGGUGGGGGGUCAGGGGUCCUCAGCAUGGAUGGGGGAGCGUUUGCGUUAAGUGUAACUCAGGAAGAACCAGCUCCUCCUCGCUCUACCAACAACCCAAACCCAUCCAAGCCGGCUCCGAGGUUUGGAGGGGCAGACAAGUGCGCUCGCUGCGGCAAGUCCGUCUAUGCCAAUGAGAAAGUGAUUGCAGCUGGGAGUUCGUGGCAUAAGCUUGGCUGUUUCAGCUGCGCCUUGUGUGGAAAGAGCCUCGAGUCGACCACGUUAACUGACAAGGAUGGAGAAAUCUACUGCAAAGGGUGCUAUGGCAAAGAAUUUGGUCCCAAGGGAUAUGGGUACGGAGCAGGCGCCGGGGCAUUGACGCUCACUAAGUAGAGGCCACUAGGAUCUCCUCCAGCCUGACUGAUUUCCAGAGAACUAUACUACUGCCUUCUUCCUGCAGGGAGCAGACUACUGCCAGUCUACAUGCACCUGACUAACACAUGAUUUAUUUAAAGGCUGCAUAAUAAACCUACAGAAGAAAAUGUAACACCACUGGAGUCACAUUUAAAGAUAGUGAUCAUUUGUGCUGUUGACACCACAUUUAAUUCUGAGUUUCAUAUCUGAUGAAAUUGAAUUGGUGAUUUGUACUUUCUGCAAGUGAAUGGUAUCUUCUUAUUGUGGGACUGUUUUCCUCUCUGCAAAUUAAAUCUCUU